AUGUUCAGGGGCUUACUGAUUGGCGCCGUGCUAGGCGCAGCUUCUGCCGCCCCGGCGGAUCUGGAUAUCAACAAUCCUGAGUCCAUCAAGUCGAUGGCGAGUACAAUCGCAUUUGAAACCAUGAAAUACUACUCUGGAAACAUCACAAAUACCCCAGAAGUAUACUGGUGGCAAGCUGGUGCAUGUUGGGGAGCGAUGCUCGACUAUUCGCACUAUACAGGCGAUUCUAGCUAUGACGAUGUGAUAACACAGGCACUGCAAAGCCAAGUACUCGCUCCCGAUUUCAAUCUUAUGAAUCCGCGCUAUUUCGGCUCCGAAGGUAAUGACGAUCAAGCCUUUUGGGCCUUUACCAUACUAGAAGCCGCUGAGCGCAACUGGCCCCAACCUGACGACUCUCUACCGCCUUGGAUAACGGUGGCUGAGAACAUAUGGAAUACGAUGAUCUCCAGAUGGGACGAAACAACUUGCGGCGGCGGCUUACACUGGCAAAUAUUCGACGGCAACCCGAACGGCAUCGACUACAAGAACGCAGUAUCCAACGGCGGAUUAUUCCAAGUAUCUGCACGACUGGCACGAGCAACUAACGACGAUAAAUACUUCCAAUGGGCAGAGAAGAUCUGGGACUGGUCUGAGAAUGUUGGCUUCAUCGAUAAGGAUUUCAAUGUGUUCGACGGCGCUAGCUCGAAGGCCGAUUGCAAGGACACUAAUCCUUUAACCUUCUCCUAUUCACAAGGCAUUUAUAUGUAUGGCGCAGCAGUACUCUUCGACUACAAGAACGGAGACCAGAAAUGGGGCGACCGGGCAGAUGGCUUGCUGCAGGCUUCUCGGUCCUACUUCACCCCCUUUGACAACGCUACGGACAUCAUGUACGAGCAUGCGUGCGAGCUGGUUGACACAUGCAACACGGAUAUGAAAUCCUUCAAGGGCUAUCUGUCUCGCUUCAUGGCCGCAACAGCCCAGUUGAUGCCUUCGACUCGCGAUGACGUCCAGGAACUACUCCGUGCAUCUGCGAUAGCAGCAGGAAAGGCGUGCUCCGGCGGAGACAGCGGUACUUCCUGUGGGCAGAAAUGGUAUGUCGGAGGAUACGAUGGGAAUACAGGGCUCGGCCAGCAGAUGACUGCUCUCGAAACAGUUCAGGCACUGCUUGCCUUUGACGCGCCGCGGCCUCUGAAAUUCGGCGAGAUCAAACAUCUCAAAGACAAAGAGCCGAUAGUUAUACCUCCGCCCAGCACGACUGAAACAACGGCACCUCCAGAGCCCACGACGCCCAUGGAGCCCAUGGAGCCUAUAGAGCCUAUAGAGCCUAUAGAGCCUUCUGAAACUACCGACACUGCAGAUACCACGAUAACGUUAGCCAGUCCGCCGAGUACGGUGACCGUGGUAAAAGACGUGGAUACGGCACCUACCGAGUCCGCAUCGGAUACGCAGGGGCCAGAGUCCGUUGCACAUGUCACUGGGGUCAGUUAUACCCGGAUUCUGAUGUCGUUACUUACUUCCGUCAUGAUAUUCAGCGUUUGA